CACAGCCACUGCACACGGCAGUGAUGGAGUCAUUGAUUUUAGGCAGUCUGGCUUUGAAAUUUUUUUAAAAUUAGGGAGCAAAAAUGGCAUUUAUCACCUUGAAACGUAGACAGCGAAUGCUGUUAGAGGACUUGAAAGAACACGUGGAUUAGAUUCUAGAGACAGACGCUCCAUCUCAUCAGUGCCUUAUGCCAAGGCUUGAGGCUUGCAGACCAUCUUCCCACUGCCCCCAAGCUCAUGGUUAUAGAGCCUAGCUAAGAAUGGCCAUUAUGAAAAUGCCCUGCCGAGACAUUCAAGCUUCUUGGAAUAAUUUUGCCUAGGGAACCACCAGCACAGGACCAUGGAAGUCCACGAACUGUUCCGGUACUUUCGAAUGCCAGAGCUGAUUGAUAUCCGGCAGUAUUUGCGCACCCUUCCAACCAACACCCUCAUGGGCUUUGGAGCUUUUGCAGCGCUCACCACCUUCUGGUAUGCCACCAGACCCAAGGCUCUGAAGCCACCAUGUGACCUCUCCAUGCAGUCUGUGGAAGUAGCGGGUACUGAUGGUGCUCGAAGAUCAGCGCUCCUCGACAGUGACAAGCUCCUGGUGUACUUCUAUGAUGAUGCCCGAACACUGUACGAAGGCUUCCAGAGGGGCAUUCAGGUGUCAAACAAUGGCCCUUGUUUAGGUUCUAGAAAGCCAAACCAGCCCUAUGAAUGGAUUUCCUACAAACAGGUUGCAGAACGGGCUGAGUGCCUAGGCUCCGCACUGAUCCAGAAGGGUUUCACGGCCUCCCCAGACCAGUUCAUCGGCAUCUUUUCUCAAAACAGACCUGAGUGGGUGAUCAUCGAGCAGGGAUGCUUUGCUUAUUCGAUGGUGGUUGUUCCACUCUACGAUACGCUUGGCGCCGAAGCCAUCACCUACAUAGUGAACAAAGCUGAGCUCGCUGUGGUUUUUGCUGACAAGCCAGAAAAGGCGAAACUCUUGUUAGAAGGUGUAGAAAAUAAGCUAACCCCUUGCCUUAAAGUCAUAGUCAUCAUGGACUCCUACGGCAGUGAUCUGGUGGAACGAGGCCAGAAGUGUGGGGUGGAAGUCAUCAGCCUGAAGGCUCUGGAGGACCUUGGAAAAGUGAACAGAAAGAAGCCCAAGCCUCCAGUGCCUGAAGACCUUGCAAUCAUUUGUUUCACAAGCGGAACGACAGGCAACCCCAAAGGAGCAAUGAUCACUCACCAAAACAUUAUGAGCGACUGCUCAGCUUUUGUGAAAGCAACAGAGAACUCAUUCAGCGCUUCCCCAGAUGAUAUUCUGAUAUCUUUUUUGCCUCUCGCCCAUAUGUUUGAGACCAUUGUAGAGUGUGUAAUGCUAUGUCAUGGAGCUAAGAUAGGAUUUUUCCAAGGAGAUAUCAGGCUUCUGAUGGAUGACCUCAAGGUGCUUCAGCCCACUAUCUUCCCUGUUGUUCCGAGGCUGCUGAACCGGAUGUUUGACAGAAUUUUUGGACAAGCAAACACUACAGUGAAGCGAUGGCUGUUGGACUUUGCCUCCAAAAGGAAAGAAGCUGAGCUUCGCAGCGGCAUCAUCAGAAACAACAGCCUGUGGGAUAAACUCAUCUUUCACAAGAUACAGUCGAGCCUGGGUGGGAAAGUCCGGCUGAUGAUCACAGGAGCGGCCCCGGUGUCUGCCACAGUGCUGACGUUUCUGAGGGCAGCUCUUGGCUGUCAGUUCUACGAAGGCUAUGGACAGACUGAGUGCACCGCUGGUUGUUGCCUGAGCUUGCCUGGAGACUGGACAGCAGGCCAUGUUGGUGCCCCCAUGCCUUGCAAUUAUGUAAAGCUUGUUGAUGUGGAAGAAAUGAACUACAUGGCUGCCAAGGGCGAGGGUGAGGUGUGUGUGAAAGGGGCAAAUGUAUUCAAAGGCUACUUGAAAGACCCAGCAAAAACAGCAGAAGCCCUGGACAAAGAUGGCUGGUUACACACGGGAGACAUUGGAAAAUGGCUGCCAAAUGGCACCUUGAAGAUUAUUGACAGGAAAAAGCACAUAUUUAAACUAGCCCAGGGCGAGUACAUAGCACCAGAAAAGAUUGAAAAUAUCUACCUGCGAAGCGAAGCCUUGGCCCAGGUGUUUGUCCAUGGAGAAAGCUUGCAGGCAUUUCUCAUAGCCGUUGUGGUGCCAGACACCGAGAACCUGGGUUCCUGGGCCUCAAAGAGAGGGUUUCACGGCUCGUUUGAGGAGCUGUGCAGAAACAAGGAUAUCCAGAAGGCUAUCCUGGAAGACAUGGUGAAACUCGGGAAGGAAGCUGGCCUGAAGCCAUUUGAACAGGUCAAAGGCAUAGCUAUACACACGGAAUUAUUUUCUAUUGACAAUGGCCUUCUGACUCCAACAAUGAAGGCGAAAAGGCCAGAGCUACGGAACUAUUUCAGGUCACAGAUAGAUGAACUGUAUUCCACCAUCAAGAUAUAACGUGAGGAAGACUACUUGGGAGAAACAGCACACCUCCACAAUCUCCUUGUACCAAUGGCCUUCGCAUUGGUAACGUUGCCUGCAGCAAGUGUAGGAAAGGAAACGGCCAUGAUGGACUUGCCCACAGGGUCUUACCAUGGGGAUAUUAGAGGGCACGGAACACUGCCUUACAGUCACUUGUGUUGCAGCCCAUAAUCCUGCUGAUACACAAUUUCCAAAACGAGCCUUAAGUAUUGUCAAGGGGAGCCCGUAGAAGUGCUAAGUUAUUUAAAACUUCCUCAACCGAUAAGGUGGGUGUUAAAAAGUCUGUCUCCUAUCUUUGUAAGUGAGGGUUAGGACUUCGCUCUUUCUGGUAUGUCUGCUGCUUGCUGCACAGCCGUCUGCUGCUCUGAAGAGGGCAGUGCACUGGAGGAAAGAAAGUUGUCCUUUAAGACAAGAACAAGUGUCCAGGCUGAGGAAAGCCACAGCGGACCACAGAUUUCUCUUUGUAAAUCCCUUCCCCCUCCACAACUCCACCCCGCAUACAACACGCUCACGCAACCCAUCUGAUAUGUAAGGGUUCCAAAUGGUCUCUGUUGUGCCUGCUGGGACACAAGUUUCCCAGUAAACUAAUGGACCGGUCCUCCUCAGAACAGUGUGAGCGCCCAGUCUCAGAAAUCAAGUAAAAACAGGAAGCUGGCUCACAUAGCAGGAUGCUCUUGGACUCCUCUCCAGAUCUGGUCCCCUCCCCUCUUCCCAGGGGCAAUGGGAAAUCCUGCCUUAGAGACUGCAUUGAAGAUGGUAUUUCAGAGAACGACCUGGAUCGGCCAUGCUCAACUGUGAUGCCUCCGCCCAUGUCCACUUGUUCCUCGUGGAUCCAGCUUGUGUCUGUGAGGGCCACUGGGCUCCAAACGUGGUUUUCCUAGCAAAUGAUGAUGUGCUGAUCAACUUGCUUUUUUUUUUUCCUCCCAAUUAAACUCAGGCAAAGCAUGUCUUCACAACUAUUAAGGGAGUUGAUAAAUGUGGGUACUUAUUAAAAUGGAAAAUAGUAAGUAAAUGUAAAACUACCUGAUUUCUGUGAGAUGCAUUUAACAAGCCAAAACUGUGGGAUGUAGAAAUCUGGGGGAAAUCCUGGGAUUAACUUCUCAGGGGAUUUUCGUUCUGUUUUGUUUGUUUUGCAGCGUUAAUUUGGGAAAUAAGCAGCAUUUCACUCUACUGCGAGUCUUUGCCACAUUUGACCUAGUCAAGCUGUCGUUUAUACCUUUGAAGCCACCAUUGUUGGCUGUGUGACAGUGCGUGUAUUCUUGAAGCACAACAGGGUUUGCACUAAAGAAUCGUCAUUGUAAUAACACUAUUUGGUAGCCUAACUUCAUACUUGUAUUCUUAAUUGCACAAGAAGUCGAUAAUUUUCACAACGGGGUUUUGAAUGUUUGCUUUCAGUGUUGGCUAUUUCUAUGUUUUAUAAACCAAAACAGAAUUUCCAAAAACAAUGAAGGAAACCAAAAUAAAUAUUUCUGCAUUUCGA